AGGCCAAAUUUAAAAACAAAUGUGUAGAGAUUCUGUCCAUAUUCACCUGAAAUAAUGGGUAACACGGAGAGCAACGUUACGAGCGGCGUCAAGAAACAGGCCGGCGCUUCUGUGCUCGAGAUCUACAAGCUCUGCGAUCUCAAAGGUGGCGGAUUAUUUGUAGAAUUGAUGAAGAGGGCGGCUCAAAAUAAACAAUACGCCGAAAUAGAUCACGCGAUCAAAACAAAGGUCGAACCUUUGCUGUACAAUAAGGGCGAAGGGAGAUAUCUGAAGAUAUCGGAUUUAGUGUUGCUGAGGAAUAAAGAACGAGCUCGUUAUAAACUCCUUCCACCAUUGAAAGCCAUGGAAAACCCCGAUGACUUUGAGAUUGACGAUGAAGGACCUGGCAUAUCUGAAGAGGAAUAUCAGAAGAAUCCUUCCUUGUACAGAUUUACGUGUUGGAAUUUGAAGGAUCGCGGUGCUGUUGGUGAGACUAUUCUGCAUCUUUGUCUCCUAAACGCGACUUCCAUACAUGCAGACAUCGCUAAAAGGUUGCUUAGGUUCUAUCCGAAAUUGAUUAACGACAUCUACAUAUCAGAUGAGUAUUAUGGGGAGAAUGUGCUGCAUAUUGCGAUCGUCAAUGAGGAUCCGGGUAUGGUGAAAUUCCUUUUGGCAGCAAACGUAAACGUGCAGGAACGUUGUUUCGGCAACUUCAUGUGUCCAGAGGAUCAGAAAUCAUCGAGAUCGGAUUCUUUGGAUCACGAAUGGGUGAACGUCUGCGCUGUGACUAAUUACAACGGUUACGUGUAUUGGGGUGAAUACCCUUUGACCUUCGCAGCGUGCUUGGGCCAAGAAGAGUGCUUUCGGCUGAUUCUGCAGAAAGGAGCGGAUCCAAAUGCGCAAGACACAAAUGGAAAUAGCAUAUUGCACAUGUUAGUUAUCUACGAAAAAUUGGAAUCUUUCGAUAUGGCUUACGAAGUUGGAGCUCAGCUGCACAUGAGGAACGUGCAGGAUAUGACCGCGUUAACUUUGGCCGCCCAAUUGGCGAGAAUUGAGAUUUUCUUUCACAUUUUGAAACUAGAAAGGGAAAUCUAUUGGCAGAUUGGUAGCAUCACUUGCGCCGCUUAUCCACUGAAUCAAAUAGACACCAUCGAUACAAAGACAGGUCACAUAAGCAAAACUUCGGCUUUGAAUCUUGUCGUUUUUGGGGAUAAAGAUGAGCAUUUAGAGCUGAUGGACGGAGUGUUAAUUGAUCUCUUGAACGCCAAGUGGAACACAUUCGUGAAGAACAAGUUCUAUAGGCAAUUCUUUACGUUCGCCUUUUACUUCUUCAUAUCCCUAAUCAGUUUCACACUGAGACCUGGUCCACCUUUAACUAAACUGGAGGAUAAGGUCAAUGCGUCGACUCUUUUGAACAUGACAAAAUUUAAAAAUGUGAGCGUCGAAGAGGACAUUGGUAAUGAUGUGGAGGAAUGGUGGGAUAAGUUGACGGAGGAAUGCAGAUUGAUGACUUACGAAACAUUUGCGGAGCAAAUUCGGUUGUUCUGUGAGGGAGGAAUGCUUUUGGGUUCUUUGAUUUAUUUAGCUGCGGGGUUCAGAGAGGCAAGAUUUUUGGGCGGCAGGAUGUUCUUCGAAAAUCUGAUGACAGCACCAUCUCGAGUCAUGUUCCUGUUUUCCUGCAUCCUAAUGUUAAUUGUUCCUGUAUUGAGAAUGUUCUGUCUGGAUGAGAUCGAAGACGUUGUUGCCAUAGUGAUCAUGCUUACAACAGCUCCGUACUUUCUAUUCUUCUGCAGAGGUUUCAAAACUGUCGGUCCGUUCGUCGUGAUGAUAUAUCGCAUGGUGAUGGGCGACCUGCUCAGAUUCGCGUCUAUAUACCUCGUCUUUGUGAUGGGAUUUUCUCAAGCUUUUUACAUAAUAUUCCUAUCGUUCGAUAAUCCUUUAACACCCGAAGACGUCGACGACUCCAGCUCGAAUCCGAUGUCCACUUCGGUGGAAUCGAUUAUGGCUAUGUUUCUGAUGUCGAUGACCAAUUUCGGCGAUUACUACGUUUCAUUUGAAAAGACGGAACACGAGAUCGGGGCCAAAAUAAUGUUCGUUAUUUACAUGGUGAUUGUUGGAGUGCUUCUGGUCAACAUGUUGAUAGCGAUGAUGGGAAACACGUAUCAAAAAAUCGCCGAGACCAGGAACGAAUGGCAAAGACAGUGGGCUAGGAUCGUUUUGGUGGUGGAAAGGGGCGUGAGCCCCGCGGAAAGACUAAAACAAUUGAUGGUUUAUUCGCAACCUAUGUCGAAUGGAAAGAGAGCGCUUGUGCUGCGACUGAAUCAAUCGGACGAAGAUAGGGAGGAGAUGAAGGAAAUUAUGGAAAUCAAGAGGAGACACGAACGUUACAUGAAGAAAUGGCAGACUACCAAGGAAGAAGCAAUAUAAUCAUUUGUUGUGCGUAAGCAUCCCCAACAGAUAAUUGCUCCUUUGUUUCAUCAUUUGGGGUCAUAUUUUAAUUGUUAUCACUUUAUUUAUCCAUUAAAUACGUUUUUAAACCUCGUUGUCCUUGUGAUUUUCAUGUCCAUCGCGCAGUUCGGUCCUGCGGUCAGGGAA